CAGAGGAAAAGGGGUGACCAAAAUUGAGAACAAGAAGCCAAACGAAGAAAAAAAUAGUGACAUUGUGGUGUUCUUAAGUGUGAAAAGUUUUAUUCUCAUACGGUUUACUUGUGGCAUAUGUAAUAAAGGUUCACAUGUGCAAUGGACUACGACGAUCCGUAUGAGAGUCUUCCAAGUACCUCCACUACCACAACGCAUAUGUUAGCCGGAUCGGCAGCUGGUGUCUUAGAACAUAGUGUUAUGUACCCUGUGGACUGUGUCAAGACACGUAUGCAAUCAUUGGUGCCGGACCCAAAGGCUGACUACCGCAGUGUGGUGGAUGCGUUUAACACCAUUAUUCGCCAUGAGGGGUUACUGAGAACAAUGAAGGGAGCUCCAAUAGUUGUGCUGGGAGCAGGACCAGCACAUGCAUUCUACUUUGCUUGUUAUGAAUAUCUUAAAAAAACUCUUAGUGGGGGUCAGAAGGGAAACCAUAUUGCUCAUGGUGUAGCUGGAUCAGUGGCAACACUGCUUCAUGAUUCUGUUAUGGUUCCUGUUGAUGUGGUAAAGCAAAGAAUGCAGGUAUUCAACAGCCCUUAUACAAGCUGCAGGUCAUGUGCAAAAGCCAUUCUUAAGCAGGAAGGCAUCUUUGCAUUUUACAGAAGCUAUACCACACAAUUGACGAUGAACAUCCCUUUCCAAAGUGUGCACUUUAUGACUUACGAAUUCAUGCAAGAUAUACUAAACCACGACAGAAAUUAUAGUCCAGUGACUCAUAUGGUUUCAGGCGCCACAGCAGGUGCGGUGGCAGCCUCAGUGACUAUGCCACUUGAUGUAUGCAAAACGCUCCUCAAUACACAAGAGAGUUGCACUAGGACUCAUGCAUCUUACAUCAAUGGCAUGAUAUCUGCUUUUAGGACGGUUUAUGAGUUUCAGGGCCUGACUGGGUUUUACAGAGGCCUGACGGCUCGAGUGAUAUUUCAGAUGCCUGCCACUGCCAUCUCCUGGUCUGUGUAUGAAGGGUUUAAGUACAUCAUCACCAAAAAGCAAGCAGUAGAAGACACUCUGCCAAAAACCCUCUCUAUCCGAGCUGCCUCAGCGUCUUCUCAUCCUGACUAAAUGGAAAUAAAAAAAAUUUUCUUGUUUAGGUUUUUAAAAAAAGUCAAAAAUCUAAAAAAAAUCUGUCAAAUGCCCAAGUAAUAUUUAUUUACACAUGUACCAUGAUGCUUACAAAAAAAGAGCUUAAAUUGCUUCACAUACCUAGAGCUAAAAAGAAAUUUAUGAAUCGUUGCAUG